AUGUUAACGAUUAUUUUAAGAAGGUUGGUGCUCAGGAUCUAUCGUUUAGAAACUGAGAACAUAACUCCAACCUGGACCGAUGUAUUAAAUGGCUGGAAAGAUUCACUCGAAGCUAUGAUAAAUACCAAUCAUAUAAGAGUUCCGAACAGUGUAAAGCAUUUUUGUAAAGAAUUAUUAAACUUCAAUACUUUUGAAGGAGAAACUGUCCUUGAACGAUGUAUGAAAUGGUACAACAAUUUUUAUGAACGUUAUUGUGAUCUGCAACUUGCUGAGAGGGUCCAGCACAUUGAGGAAAAAAUAUAUUCGUCUCAAAAAUUGUCAGAGAUGUUACAAGGAACAGAAAAUAAAAAGAGGCCGCAGGAUGACACCAAUGACAACGAGGCAGGCCCAUCAAAUGAAAAGCGUAGUCGGCAGGAUUCAUCAUGUGAAGGAGCAUAUCAAGAUGAUGUUGAAUAUCUAUUCGAGAUGUAUGCACGGGAUGAAGAAGAGAUAAAAGCGAUGGAUGUUAGUUCGGUUGAAUGGGAAUUCAACUAUCCAAUUCAUGAUUGGUUGAACAAAGUAAUCAAUGAACAAAAAACAAUGAUGUCACAAAUAGGCUCGAAUAUUGCUUCAAAGCCACUUUUAUGGCGAAUAAUUGACCUAUCCUAUUCUGAGGUUGCUCCCUCAACAUUAUCCCAAAAUGAUCAGGUAAAUGUUCGCAAAUUAAUCUCAUCUGCCCUCUGGAUAGGACAACCCAAUGAGUGGACAGUGUUAGUGCCGCCAGCAGAAAGAUGUUUAGGAUCGUUAGCGAAGUUGACGACAAAGCAACUGAAAAAGAUCGCAAAAACUGUUAAACCAAAUGGGAUCCAUGGUGCGGUUCUUGAGAUCAGAAAUAUUCUCACGUCCAGCGAAGUUGAAGAGUCAAAUCCUUUUUUAAUUGUUGAAAAUAAGGAUGAAAGCAAUAAAAAUCUUAUACGAGAAGAAGAUCACCUAAAUAAAGAUGUAUCAUACAUCCUCGAAUUACUCCGCUACACUUAUGAGAUGAUUGAUAUUGGAAUUCCUCAACGUCAUAAUUCUGAAAGAGAUAUUGACGUUUUUAUUAAAUCAACUAUAUUCUCUUGCUUUAACGGCAUUGUGGAUAGGCACUUUGGAGAAACUGUGUCUCGAGCUUCACGUGAUCGGCGAAGGAAGGCGAUAGAUGCUUCUUCAUAUGUGGAAGGUUACCACAUUGAUUGGUUGUUUACGCGUCAUGACCUUGCAAAGGAUAUGACAUGGGGUCGCGAGUUUUCUUUAUGCGAACGUGCUGGAUCAAGAAUCGAAAAUCACAAGAAGAUUCUAGAUAAUACUCUUAAAGUUCAAAAAACACUCAAAGAUAUGCACAAGACUCUUAUUGACACAAUUGUCAUGACAAGUGGUGGAACAAUUUCGAAGGAAGUUCUCGAUGUUAUUCCAAAAAUGCUCAUGCCUGGAUUUUUGUCAUCAAGAUUUUUCAUCCGUAUGAUUCUCAUAAUGUAUGUUGGUGCUGGGUUCUACCUCUCAGCCGAGCUUGCGGAAUUUGAUAUCCCGACGGCUUAUGAAGAACUUGGGGGAGUUUUGAAAAUGGCGCGCGUCAUUCUACAAGCCAAAAGAAUGUUAUUCUCCACGGUUACACUUUUCGCUUCAACAAAGGAACGUGCAGAAAGGGAGAAGUUUUUACUGGGAAAGGUUCUAUUGCCAGACCGACCAAAGGAAUGUUCAUCGCCAAUGAAGUCCAAAAACAAAAAGUGCCGAGAAAAAAUUAAUUAUGAGCGGAUGUAG